AUGGAUGAACUCACUACUAAUCAGGAUCAAUUUCAACAAAUGAUUACCGAACAAGAAUCCCAACCAAAUUGUCAUCCUCUGAUAAAAAAGAUCAACGAGUGGACACAAGAGUCAAUCGAUAAAAUUCAUCGAGCAGAUGAAGAUGCUCGCAAACAAUUAUUGACUAUUCUUUUCACACAUAGAAGUAAAGUGACAAAUGAUUUAACAUAUUUUAUUCAAGAAUUAAGUAAAGCUCGUAACGAAGAUGACUAUAUAGAAACAGAUUUAGUGGAAUGGAUAGAAAGAUUGAAUAAGUUACAAAGAGAUUUGAAUGUAGUUCAAACGAUUAGUUUCUGUACAGACAAUAAUGAUAGUGCAUUGAUUUCGAAGAUUUAUAUUAAUGGAAUUUCAACUGACUUUUUUUCACAAACCAUUUGUGAUAUCCAAAUUAUAGAAGACGGUAAAGUCGUUAUUCAUGGUCAAACCAAUCAAAAUGCAGUAGCAUGUGGUACAGGUGAAUAUUCAUUUAGAGAACAUUGA